AUGUCCUCUAAAAGUGGUGGAAACAAGAAUAAUUACCGGGAUCUCAUUGCUUUUUGGAUUUUUGGCCUAGCUUGUAAUUAUGUUAAUAAUAUAAUACUUACUGCAGCUGUGGAUAUUAUACACGAACAAAGCGGGGAGAGCAGAAACAAAAAUUUAAAUAAUACUUCUAGAUAUUGCAUUGAAGAAUUGGGAAAACCUCGUUGUGAUAAACUAAUGUCAACUGGAACAAUUUUAUUAGCUACUGCUUUGCCUGCUUUUGUAGUUAAAUACGCAUUUCCGUUUUUUAUGAAUAGAAUCCCUUUUGGAUUUCGCAUCUUUUUGGUUUGCUUUACUCAUUCAACAUCCUAUAUACUUGUUGCCUUCUCAACAAGUAUACAAAUGUCCCUUUUAGGUGUAGUUUUUGACUCAAUUUCUCUCGGAAUUGGUCAGAUAUGUUUACCUGCUCUUACUUCACAUUAUUCAAAAUCAACUCUAUCUGCUUGGACGGCGGGUACUGGGGCUUCUAGUAUAAUACCAUCACUAGCAUAUAGUGUUCUAUCAGAACCUAAAUUCUUUAACCUGUCUACAAGGACUGUUACUCUUGUGAUGCUUAUUGUGCCAAUGAUGUUUGCUUUAAGUUAUUGGUUUGUACUCUCGCCUGCACCAACUGUUCAUAGAUUGGAAUUAUUAAAACCUUCAACAUGGAUUGUCCCAGCACAGAAAACUUCGAAAAAAAUUAAAAUUAAUGUCGUGCCCGAGCCCUUACCCAACAUUAUCAAAGUUUCAACUAAUGGAGGAGAAAAAAAUAAAAAUAUUAAUAAUCUCCAAAACAAUAAGGAAUCUUAUUUGAUUAAAACAAAUGAGCAAGCCUUCACGCAUGAAUUCUCUCUUGCCUCAAAGCUAAAAAUGAUUUUGGUUCCACUCCAGCAGUACAUGCUUCCACUUACUAUUGUAUAUUUAGCUGAAUAUAUAUCAAACUCUGGAUUGUUUCAAUUAAUUCAUUUUGACUGUGAUCACAGUUUUGAUUUAUCACUUGAAAGUCAAUUUCGUUGGUAUUUUACAUUAUAUAUGUUUGGUGUGUUUUGUGUACGUUCAGUCAUUGUAUUAAUUAAUGUACCUUCUUUUGUUCUUUGUUCACUUCCUUUUAUUCAGUGUUUAAUUACAGCAAUUCUUUACUUUCAAUCCCUACAUUUCUUUAUACCUCAUAUUUCCAUUGUCUUUGUUUUGGCUUUUAUUCAGGGUGGCAUUAGCGGUAUCUCUUAUGGGGGUACAUUAGACAGAAUACACAAAAAGUCUGAAUUGAAAGCUCGAGAGUUUAAUAUGGCAGUUGUUGCAACAAGCGACACUACUGGUAUUUGUUUGGCUGGAUUUGCUUCAAUUUUUAUACACAACUAUAUUUGCAGCCGUUAUUUAAAUUCAUACCCAUAA